CAUUUGUUGGGGAUUAAAAUUGCCUGUGGCCUGGAGAUCCUCGUGGCAAGAGCUCACGAGAGGAGGAAGAAGAGAGAAGGUACUGGAGGGGCUGGGGAUGAUGAUAAGUGGAGGGAAUACUUGAGGAGACUCGAGGUCUCUGGGUACUUCAGGGGCUGUCUUCAGGGCAGCCAGGAGAGGGAAAGGCUCGAAGCUGCUGCUAGACAUUUCCUGGAGGAAAACCCUCUCGAAGGGAGUGAACGCAAGGAUGAUGAUGUCGCUGAGAGAAUCCUUGAGGCCUGGAAAUCCGUGAAAACCGAGGAUUUUGAAAUGCUUGCUCAAGAUGAAGCGUCCUUGAGUCCUCCUGAUGAUGAUGGUUGGCUGAAUGUCGAUCCUCAGCACCUGGAAUCGAUGCUGAAUCAGCAGUGGGGGCUCGCGGAGAAGAAGAGCCAUCAGGAACCCACGAGUAUCAAAGAAAAAAUCAAGGCAUUCUUGAAUCAGACGAGUGAGAUUGAUGGUGUGGAAUUCCCCGGAGAGGGAGCAAAAGGCGAUGACACCAGACAAGAUUGCGAUGAUGGAGGGAGAAUAGAGUUCGACGCUGACGUCUACGACAGCACUCUCCGUGAUAUUUUGGAUCUGGUGGUUCCAGGUGGUGAUGGAGAGUUUGAUGGCAGCUCCGAGGGAUCUCUCGCUGGUGACGACGACGAGAGAACCGGAGAGAUGGACAAGUACAUGAGAUUACUCGAUUCACAACUGGAAUUGCAACUCAAGAAAGAUGACACGAGUUUGUCGAGUAGAUUUAAGGAUUCAACAGAAUCAAAUCUCGUGGAGAGCAUGGAAGAGGAGGCUGGAGGCACAGGCCCGGCUGGAAAUAUUAUCGGAGGACCGGUUCGGCGUCUCAUGCAUCUCCACCUUCAAUCACCCACUGCUGUACCCCCUGAUCUCCAGAGUUAAUACCAUUUGGGACAGCUUUUUUCGUGCAAACAUGCG